GUGCUCCCUGACCGCGCCGCUGCCUUCCCGCCAGACUUCAAGUUUUAAGUUUCAUUUCCAGUCACUGGCCGAGACUGCAGGUUCCUCUAACCGCGGCCCUUUCGCGAAGCCGAGUCUAUUUUCCAGGAGCAGAGAGCGCCAGCUAUGGAUCCUCGGAGCGGAAAGGCGGCGCGGACAGCUUCGAAGGCGGGAGCCGCCACCUCCCAGAUUUUGGCGCAGAGUGCGAAGGGCGCCCCGACGAAACCCUCGUCGGCGAAGCCCACCCAGGCGAAGCCCGUCGAGUGUCCGGUUGUCCCCGAAGCUGUCCAGCCCAACGAGCAGAAUUGCAGCUCCUCUAGAGCGUCGGGGAACCAGCGGAAGAAGAGCCCCCGGGGUUCCCGGGAGAGACCGCAGGUCCGCGCGCGGGGUGCGCGCACCGAGAAGGCCCCUCUGAGCGGUGACGCGGUGAACGGGCACACGGAUCUGGCCAAGGCGCUGGAGCCGCCCCUUCCCAGGGCUGGAUCUCGACGAAAAGGGGGUGCAUGCACCCAGAAGGCGCCUCUGAGCGGUGACGCGGUGGACGGGCAGGCCGGUCUGGCCCAGGAGCCGGAAUCGCCCCUUCCCAGAGCUGGAUCUCGCCGAAAAGGGAGUGCAUGUGCCAAGACGGCGCCUCUGAGCGGUGACACGGUGGACGGGGUGAACGGGCACACGGAUCUGGCCAAGGCGCCGGAGCCGCCCCUUCCCAGGGCUGGAUCUCGCCGAAAAGGGGGUGCAUGCACCCAGAAGGCGCCUCUGAGCGGUGACGCGGUGGACGGGCAGGCCGGUCUGGCCCAGGAGCCGGAAUCGCCCCUUCCCAGAGCUGGAUAUCGCCGAAAAGGGAGUGCAUGUGCCAAGACGGCGCCUCUGAGCGGUGACACGGUGGACGGGCACACGGAACUGGCCGAGGGGCCGGAGCCUUCCGCAGCCCCGGAGCCGCCCCUUCCCAGGGCUGGAUCUCGCCGAAAAGGGGGUGCAUGCACCCAGAAGGCGCCUCUGAGCGGUGACGCGGUGGACGGGCACACGGAUCUGGCCAAGAGGCCAGAGCCUCCCGCGGCUCCGGAGCCGCCCCUUCCCAGAGCUGGAUAUCGCCGAAAAGGGAGUGCAUGUGCCAAGACGGCGCCUCUGAGCACCCAGAACGCCUUGAACGGGCAGGCGGGUCUGGCCCAGGAGCCGGAGUCGCCCCUUCCCAGGCAUGUAUCUCGCCGAAAAGGAGGUGCACGCACCCCGAAGGCGCCUCUGAGCGCCGAGAACAUCUUGAACGGACAGGUCAUUCUGGCCGAGGGGCCAGAGCCUCCCGCAGCCCCGGAGUUGCCCCUUCCUAGGGCUGGAUCCGCGCGCUCCUCUGGGGAGCGGAGACCUCCGUCCAGGCCAACGGAGGGCGCCGGCCAGGAUCCGCUGGUUCCAGCCUCUAGCCUGGGCCGGAGGGACGCGGUGUCGGGCGCCUGGAAGGUCGGUGCGGUGCUGCAGAAGUUGAAGCUACGUAGCGCAGAAAUCUCAGAAGCCGCGAAGGUUGUAAACAGGGUCGUGGACCACCUGCUACGAGGACUGAAGAGCGGCUGGUCCGAGUUUAAAGGUGUCGAGGAGCUUCGCACUGGGAGCUACUACGAGCAAGUGAAGGUUUCUGCUCCGAAUGAAUUUGAUAUUAUGUUUAAACUGGACAUCCCCAGAAUUCAGCUAGAAGAAUAUCGCGACAGUGGUGCUCAUUACUUUGUGAGGUUCAAAAGAAACCCCCAAGGAAAUCCUCUGAAUGAGUUUUUAGAAGGGGAAAGAUUAUCAGCUUCUAAGAUGCUGUCCAAGUUUAGGGAACUCAUUAAGAAAGAAAUUAAAAACAUUAAAGAUACAGAUAUCAGUGUGGAGAAGAAAAAGAGAGGAUGUCCUGCUGUAACACUUCUUAUUAAGGCACCUAAAGAAAUAUCUGUGGAUAUAAUCUUGGCUUUGAAAGUACAAAGCAGCUGGCCACUUAGCACCCAGGAAGGCAUGCCCAUUGAGAAUUGGCUUGGAAGAAAAGUAAAGAAAAGCCUGAGACUACAGCCAUUUUACCUGGUACCUAAGCCUGCAAGGGAAGGAAAUGGUUUUCAAGAAGAAACAUGGCGGCUAUCCUUCUCUCACAUUGAAAAGGACAUUUUGAAAAAUCAUGGAAAAGAAAAAACAUGCUGUGAAAGUAAUGGAGUGAAAUGUUACAGGAAACGUUGUUUACAACUAAUGAAAUAUCUUUUAGAAAAAUUGAAAGAAAAGUUUGAAGACCAAAAGAAAUUGGGUAAAUUCUGUUCUUACCAUGUGAAAACUGCCUUCUUUCACGUAUGUGCCCAGAACCCACAUGACAGUCAGUGGCGAGACAACCUGGAGCUCUGCUUUGAUAGAUGUCUGGAAUACUUUCUUCAUUGCCUCAAGUCAGAAAAUCUUGAGCAUUUUUUUAUUCCUGAAGUCAAUCUAUUCUCUCGAGAUAAAAUUGACAGGAUAAGUAAAGAAUUUCUGACAAAAGAAAUUGAAUAUGAAAGAAACAAUGGAUUUCCAAUUUUUGGUGAAUUUUGAAAAUAUAUAAAAAUA